AUGGCGGAGGAGCUGCUGGAAACAGUGGACAGACUUCAGUCCCGGCUCAUGGAGAGCCCCGAGCCGGGAAAGCUCCUUAAGACUCUCAAAAGACUUGGUGAUCUGCCCAUGACUGUUGACAUCCUGGUGGAAACUGGAGUAGGAAAAACUGUGAACUCUUUUCGGAAACACGAAGUAGCGGCUGAGGCGGCAAAAAAUCUUGUAGCCAAGUGGAAGAAGCUCGUCCCGCAGUCAUCCGACAUUAGAAGCAACAACAGCCAUGUGAAAGAAGCACCGCGGUCACAUUCUCAAGGUGUUGGCGUUGCGGUCCACAGACGUCAGCGUGAACCCUCACCUGAGGAAGAGGAGCCUUCUUAUGUUGAAGAAGAGGAGGAGGAAGAAGAAGAAGAGCGAGGUUAUCGAACCAACUACUCCCCCUCGCCUCCCCAGCACCAGCAGUACAGCCCCCCGCAGCUUGGGAGCGACCAGUCAGACAAGUACGACAGCCCCGAGCCGGAACCUGAGCCCAGCCCUCCUCCCCCUCCUCCCCGCAAAGACAGCAAACAUACUAAGCCCGUCAAAUCUGACAAGAACCACCACCAUCGCGGCGAUCACGCUGACCGGGGCAGAGACUGCGAGUCGCGGUCGCGCCACGUGCCCACCAACCGCGGCGACGGGAAGAAGCGGAACGCGGACAGAGAGCGUAGCCCUGUCGCGAAGCCCGCCAAGCAUAGCAAGAAGUCGGAUGGGAGCAAGCGGGAAGAGACCAAGAAGGGAGGAGAUGAAGGGCGACCACAAAAGCGUUUGCCGGGCAGCGAUGACGAAAAUGACGAAUUUGAAACACCCACCAUGUCCUUCGAGUCCUUCCUCACCUAUGACGCACCCACAUCUGUUAAGAAGAAGAAGAAGACCGCACCCGCUUCUUCGUCCUCGCACAAUCGCCCUUCUCGGCCCUCAUCCUCGGCUCCUAGUACAAGUACGAGGACAAUGUCUUCCCGCCGAGCCGCUCCGGCUGCCUCCUCCUCGUCCUCGUCUUCGUCCUCCAAAGGGAGCAAAGCAAACGGCGCUCAGAGCACAAAGAAGUCUCGGUCGGGGACGUCUUCGAACGCGCCAGAAAAACGAAGGAGGGUUGUAGAGCCCGUCCCAUCCCUUCCUGACAUCCCCCUGCCAGCCAUCCAGCCUGACUACAGACCUCUGCCCUCCAUUGACAUUACACCGCUAUCCCCUCAGAGGCGGAAAGGUCCGGUCUUCAACGAUGAAGAGGACGCCGGAUUCACAGGAAAGCGGUUCAACUCCAAGAUGGUGGUCUACUCGGGAUCCAAGACCACCUACCUACCGCGAAUGAUGACGCUGUACGAGCAGUGCAUUCGUGUGCUACAGAACAACAUUGACUCCAUCGAUGAGGUUGGCGGCGUCCCGUUUGGGAUUCUGGAACCGGUCCUAGAACGCUGCACUCCGGAGCAGCUGUAUCGCAUUGAGCAGAGCAACCAGUGGUUCACAGAGGAAUCUGACGAACUGUGGAUGCGCCACUGUCAACGCGACUUCAAGCGAGAGACCCCGCAGGAAUACGAGUCCUGGCGGGAGAUGUAUUUGCGGCUGCAUGACGAGCGGGAAGCGCGCCUACGCAAGCUAACGCAAAACAUUAGCAUGGCACAUGCUAACAAGCCCAAAGAGCGGCAAGUCAAGAUGGCGUUCGUCAACUCCGUGGCCAAACCACCUCGAGACGUCCGGCGCCGGCAGGAAAAGUUCGGGACCACCAACGGUUCUUCAGCGGCCUCCGUUGCCGCCUCCACGCCCAUCAAAAUAAGACCAGCCACCGUAGACUACUCCGGCGAGUCCAGUCACACGUCGCCCUCCUCGUCUUUCCUCAACCCGUCUCCCGGAUCGUCGCGAUCCUCAGCACACGGCGCGGGUGCCUUAGGAGGAGGACACGCUUUCCGGGACAAACCACAGCCCAAAAAAAUUGCCCCAAUGAUGGCCAAAACGAUAAAAGCCUUCAAGAACAGAUUCUCCCGCCGAUAA